AUGGUUUCGUGGUGGAAACCUCAAUGCAACUGCACGGAAUCAUGGCUGCCAACGCCUUGCAGCCGUCUUCUAGUGCUUUGCAGCCGCCUUCAACAGCUGCCACAUGACCCCGGGGCCUUCACAGCCUUGCAGUCGCCAGCGUCGAUUACCGGAGCUGCUCUGCCUCGCUGUCAUGCCGUUGGAGGACAGCAGCAGCCACACCACUUAACUACUGGACUAGCUGCACAACCCUACGGCUACUCUGACAUCAUCCCGGUCUUGGAGCAGAUCCAUUCUCUCCCUCCUCUGAGAGGAGGGCACACGAGCAUGAUGGCGAGUAGUUCGAGAGGUCCCAUGCUGGUCAGACAAGGGCAAACCGGCAAGGGAGAGAGCGAGAUCGUGCAGAUGAGACGCAGACAGCUGCGAGCCGUCCACAAGGAGCUCGAGUUCGUGAGCGGUCGCGGCGACAAGCUGUGGAGGGAUCUUCCCAAACUCAACCCUCUCUCAUGCCCCACGGGCAGGGCAACCAAGGGGAUUGACCCUUGGGAGCCAGAGAAGAAGUUAGCUAAUCACGCUCGAGGCACUGAAGACGUCGACCUGAAUGACCUUCCUUGCAAGCAGAGGAUGACGAUCGACGCCCAUCAGCCCGCUCGAGGUCCAACACGCUCCGACAAGCUGUGGAGGGAUCCUCCCAAACUCAACCUUCUCUCCUGCCCCAUGGGCAGGGCAACCAAGGGGAUCAACCCUUGGGAGCUGGAGAAGAAGUUAGCCAAUCACGCUCGAGGCACCGAAGACGUCGACCUGAACGACCUUUCUUGCGAGCUGAGGAUGACGAUCGACGCCCACCAGCCCGCUCGAGGACCAACAUGCGGCGGCAAGCUACAGAGGAAUCCUCACAAGCUCAAUCUCCUAAUCUGCCCCACGGGCAGAGUACUCGAGGGGAUCGACCCUUGGGAAUUGAGGAAGAAGUUAGCAAGUCGCGCUCGAGGCACUGAAGACGUCGGCCCGAGACUCCAUCCCUGUGGGCAGAGGAUGUCGAGAAGCUAG